CUCCACUCCACCCCCUCCCCCUCUACUUUUCUGCUCCCUUCGUUCUUGGCCGAAUCUACAGCCGUAUUUUUCCGAUGGAGAAUACUUUGAAGCUAAUGGACGUGGAGCAGCUGAGGGAGUACGGCCAUAAGAUGGUUGAUUUCAUCGUUGAUUACUACAAAAGCAUCGAGUCCGUUUCAGUUCUCAGCCAAGUCAAGUGCUUCUUCCCAUGGAGGUGUCGACCUCCCUGCUCUAAACGCAAUUGGAAUCGAGGGUGGGUAGGGGGGAGAGAGGCCGGAAACCGCAGUGGAAUUAGAAGGCAACUGGAGUUCGUUUGAGCUCUGAACUCGUGUUCUCUCCAACAACCACCGCACCCUCCUUGCCAAAAUAGCUCCAGAGAUCUCUCCACUUCUCCCUUCCUUCUCUUCCUGCUAUGCUUGCUGCUUGCUGCCUUGAUAUCUCCGUUCCUUCCCUUCUUAUAUAUGUUUGAAGCCACCCAUGCCCAAAAUGUUCGGCUUUUCUCGCCGCCGGAUGAAGCUCGGAAGGAUGAAGGUUCAUCUGGGGGAUCCAUCGCAGGGGAUCAGAAGUCCCAGUCGGCCCACAAACCGAGUUAACCAGUCCAAUGGAGAGAAUGUGGUUUCAACUUCAGUGAGUGGUCGGUCUGAUGAUAUUAAUUGCAUGUGCUCAUCGGGUGCAUUUGAUCUCGGUAAUCGCAUUCUGGGGAGUUCUGAAAACUGGACGGUGUUGCCGACCGAAGGGCUCAAACCGGCUCCUCGAUUCCAUCAUGCAGCAUCUGGUGUUGGGAGUAAAAUGGUGGUUGUGGGUGGUGAUUCUGGUGAUGGAUUGUUGGAUGACACACUGAUAUUGAGUUUGGACAAACUUACCUGGGCUGCUGCUGCUCCAAAGGUUCACUUAUCACCAAAUGGCCAUUCGUUGAAAAUACCUGCAUGCAAAGGUCACUCUUUGGUGUCUUGGGGAAAAAUGGUUCUUCUUAUUGGGGGGAAAACUGAUCCUGUGAGUCACCAAAUAUCAGUAUGGUCCUUUGAUGUAGAAACAGAAUGCUGGACAAAUAUAGAAGCCAAAGGGGACAUCCCGGCUGCUCGCAGUGGGCAUACCGUAAUCAGAGCAGGUCCUGCCUUGAUCCUGUUUGGGGGUGAGGAUGUAAAAGGGAGAAAAUUGAAUGAUCUUCAUAUGUUUGAUCUUAAGUCUUUAACAUGGCUUCCCUUACGUUAUACAGGAACAGGACCUUCUCCAAGAUCAUAUCACGUGGCAGCUCUCUAUGACGACAGAAUCCUUUUUGUUUUUGGAGGGCAAUCAAAGUCCAGGAUUCUGAAUGAUCUCUAUUCGCUAGACUUUGAAUCAAUGGUAUGGACAAGAGUGAAGACCUGUGGUCAUCAUCCAUCACCUAGAGCAGGUUGCUGUGGGGCUCUUUGUGGAACUAAUUGGUAUAUCACAGGUGGUGGAAGCAAGAAAAAACGACAUUUGGAAACCCUAGUCUUUGACAUUCUAAAAUUUGAGUGGUCUGUUUCUGUUACUUCACCUGGUGCUUCUGUUACUACCAACAAAGGGUUCAGUGUAGUUCCUGUUCGUCACAGAGAUAAGAGUUUUCUUGUUGCUUUUGGAGGAAACAAGAAAGAGCCAUCAAAUCAGUCUGAAAUAUUGGUCUUGUUCAAUAAUGAACAUUCAAUGAGCUGGCGAUCUGCCCCAGAUGCAUUAUCAUAUGAAGAUUGCCCUGCAACUGCAAGUACCAAAGAUCUUGGUGCUCAUCUUAACGAUGCUGCUCCCCCUUGUUCUUUUAAUUCUGUUGGCAGGCGUAGUCUAGCAUCUGCAGUAGAGCAGCAUGCAUCUUGCAGGAAAUCUCUUGCAGAUUCAUCCAUUGAUCUACAUUCUGUUUCUGGUAGUAUUUCACUGCGUAAGCAAUUCCGUGCUGAAGAAGAUUACAGUUUGGCUCUUAGGAUGCAGAAAUCUCCUGAAGAAGAUAGAUAUAAGGUGGGUGAUGACUGCUUAUCAAGUAAUCCUUCCUCGCAGGUAAAUAAUGCAAUAGAGCAGAAAAGCAAGAAGCAAGAAACUGUAGUCCAGAUGGAUAUUGCUGGAAUUGUAGCGAGCAUCGAAGAAAACCUAUGUGACUCUGAAAGCUCAAACCUUUAUCAGAAGCCAGGGAAUAACAAUCUUAUGGCUGAUAGCAAUCAUAUUGCACCUCCAGAGACUGCUAGCAGUUCAGGGCUUCUUGUGCAGCCUUCUAAUAUAUGCCAAUUGUAUGAAACCAAAAUAUACACUUUGACUAGAAAAAAUGUGUUGCUAGAAGAGCAGUUGAGUGCUGCAUUGGCAAGCCAGGAAGCUGCGGAGAAGAAGUUAUCUUCUGCUAUUAAGAGUGGGCAGGACAUGGACAAAGAACUUGCCAAUGCAAUGAAAGAGGUGGAGCUGCUGAAAGAGAAGCUGGCAGGCAUGGAGUUAGCCCAAGAAGAGGCAAAUGGUCUCUCAAAUAUGGUCCAUUCUGAUAAUGUGCGACUUGAGCAUGAUGUGGCAUUCUUAAAAGCAGUUUUGGAUGAUACCCAAAAGGAGCUGCAUUCAACCCGGGGAGUUUUAGCAGGAGAAAGGGCAAGAGCAUUCCAGCUCCAGGUGGAAGCCUUUCAUCUGAAGCAAAGAUUGCAGUCUAUGGAGAACAGGGCACCAACACCAAGAAAACCUUUCCACACGUAGAAUAGAAUCUUUUUUCCCUUAUCAUCAGAAUGUUAAACUCGUUUUUUCACUAAUCUUUAUAAUAGACAUUUUGUAGUUUUGGUGACCAUAGAAUUGUCUGUACAGAGUUACUGGUGAGCUACUUAUGAUGGUUUAACUGCAUCAUGAAAAUUUAAAAUAGCAACUUGUUUCCUUGUCAAUUUUAUGGGGGACUAGAAUCUUAUAAAUCUUAAUGACUAAUGAAGAUGAUUCCAUAAUC